UGAGUUUGGCGGCGGCGUGGAGGAGCGGCAGACGAAUGCACACGUAAAAGUUAGAAGCUCAACCCAAACCAUAUGCAUAAUUUAAUGUAGGGUUCCGUCUUCGACGGACAUCCUUGCUCUUCGCCCCUUGCUUUUCUUCUUACGAGUUUUAUACAAUCCCAUUGUUGAAUUAGGGCACACUAUAAUCGAUAUACAUUUUGAAUUUGGGAAGAAUUACGGCUGAUUUUUGAGAAUGGUUCCAUUGAAGGACAUUGCGAGAGUGGUGAAUGGCUUAUCUCUGGUGGCUAAGGAGGCCAUCCGCCGCCCGUCUGCGGAUACCUUGAUCAAGGGCGCCAUUCUCUCUGCCACCGACGCCGCCGGCCUCACCAAAGGAAACCUCCGCACUCUAGAAAUUCCUCGCGCCCAAACUGAUAAUAGCAAUGGCAAUAAUAGUCAUGCCAAUACAGGCAGCAGCGUAGUCUACUUUGAUAAUCACAAUCGCGAUACUGAUAAGGAUCGUGAUGUUUCCGAAUCCGAUACCCUGCCGACGCCGGCUGCAGAUGCCGCAGUUGAUCUCCCUGUCGCUUCCACUUCCAAUCCAGAUUCACAUUCACGGACCGAAUUCGAUGCUCCUUCUGCGACCUCAACGAGAGCCCCGUCCGCUGUUGAUGCGAAUAGCCGCCGGAGGAAGCCUCGAGAGAGGAAAGUUCCUUCCACACCUUUCUCUAGAGCCAUUGGGUUUGCUGGACUUGGCGCUGGUCUCGCAUGGGGCACGUUUCAGGAAUCUACGAAGAGAGUCCUCUACGGGACGCCUGAAUCAGAAAACAGUCAGCAGGCUGUUUCCCCUUUCUUGUCUGAGAGGAACGCAGAGCGUUUAGCUCUUGCAUUAUGCAGAAUGCGUGGAGCUGCUCUCAAAUUAGGCCAAAUGUUAAGCAUCCAAGAUGAAAAUCUUGUACCUGCUCCAAUCUUGCAAGCUUUGGAAAUUGUACGUCAGGGUGCAGAUCGGAUGCCAAGGAAUCAGCUCAAUCAGGUUUUGAAUGCUGAACUAGGUUCAGACUGGUCCUCCAAGUUGACAAGUUUUGACUAUGAUCCAAUUGCUGCAGCAAGUAUAGGGCAGGUCCACCGGGCUAUCACAAAGGAUGGUGUGGAGGUUGCAAUGAAGAUUCAGUAUCCUGGAGUUGCAGAUAGCAUUGAAAGUGACAUCGAAAAUGUCAAACGACUACUAACUUAUACAAAUUUACUACCAGAACAAAUGUACAUUGACAAUGCAAUGAAGGUAGCGAAAGAAGAACUUUCUCGUGAAUGUGAUUAUGAAUUGGAGGCCAAAAGCCAGAAAAGGUUUCGUACUUUGUUAUCCAAUGCAGAAGGAUUUUAUGUUCCAUUUGUAGUGGAUAAUUUAUGCAGUAGAAGAGUUCUAACUACACAACUAGUACCUGAGAUAUAA